CCAAGUCAGUCUGAUGUGUCUGCGUACAUAAGCCCGCUCCAGAUGCCAUUCUGUAUUCAAUGUCUAAGUACAUGUGUGUUAACAAACAGCAAGAAAGUCAAAGAUACGCCUGACUUUGUGAGAUUGCUACACUACUAUUUCUUUUUUGUCAGGAUCUGGAUGUAACACCCAUAGAUCCUUGGGCCUGCAAAAGUCAAUAAUACUACUAAUAAUAGGCCUAACAAACAAUAUUACCAUAUACCUAUAAUAGUAAUUCCGAUAUCCCCUUUUAAAAAAAGUAUUAUCAUACAAGAGGUUUUAAAGAUUCUUCAAAAACAUCAACAGAAGAGUGUCCUUCAACUUGUAUAGGCCUCGAUUAUUAUGUCUACUAAAUGUAGAAGAGGGUAUAGGCUAAUUCCAACAUAGCUCCUAUGUAACCUGUUAUGAAUACCAGCACGCUUAGGACCAGUGUCCGUCCUGUGCUGCAGUUUCGAAGUGUUUGAAGCUGAUUUGGCCGAUUCAAAUGUCAUUAGGCUUGUUCCAGCGACAUUAUACCUAACCCGUUCAACAGAAUCGCAUUACAAUUUUAACGUUGUCUACACCUUUUGUUUUGCCGUGCAUUGGCUAACUUCACCAGCGUUCUCGUCUCAUCAUUAAAAUACAGCAGUAUUGUGCAACAGAACGAAGUAGUCUCCAGCUUAAAAGGCCUGGACAUGCUGGAAUGGAGUAAAACACGGAUUUCAACUGCAACCUCCUAGGCUGUGGGAGCUGUCAUAGCUGUCUUGCUAUUUUGGAUAGCGGUUUCACAGGCCAGCUGACGUUGUAACGCGAAGAUCCUUGAAGAUGUACAAUAACGUAAACCAUUGUAAACUUCAGUCGUUAUAGAAUUGCGUCUUCGUAUGCUCACUUUAAUCUUAUUUUUAACACCACAACCGACAUGGAUCAAGCAAAUGGAUAUAAUUUGUUUACGAACAAGUUUAGCUGUCGUCAAUGAUAAAAAAGCUAGCAAGCGUUAUCAUUACUGCAGUCAUCCCACGCUAGCUGGAUAGCUAGCUUGGUAGCUUGCUAGCUACCUGGAUCUGACAUGUAAGAAAAGCAAUGCCAGGUUACGAUUACUAAUUAUUAGGAUCAGAAUUUUGCUGUAUUAAGACCCGUGGCAGUGAACUGUAGCUAUAUGCGCAGCGGCCCACUCAUCACACCAAGUAUUGCCACGAUCAACGGUGGACAGGAGUCAAAGGGAGCCUGUAGGUUGAGCGGAGUUGGGCGUGUGAACCCCCACUUCCUCCAAUGAUCCCCAUCAAUUCCAUGAAACCUGGGCUGCCUCCACAACAACACAGUGACAGCUCCUACCCAUAUGACCCUGCGUCCUGGCAACAACAAAACAAUCAACAGCCAGGCUCCCUCUCGGUGGUCACCACGGUGUGGGGUGUGAGUAAUCCAACGCCAAAUCAGGGUCCUGUCGGAUCAGGUGGGAAUCACGGGGGUGGAGCUAUGAUGUCCAGCGGAGGGCCCGGUGUGAACUCGGCCCAGUUCAUGGGUCAACAGGGGUACCCUGACGCCAACAAGGCCUACAUGCAGCAGGGUGUCUAUGGGAGAGGAGGGGGAGGAUACCAAUCUGGACCUGGCUAUGGGGGGAGUUACUCUGGAAACGGAGGGGCCUCUAUGGGAAUGCCUCCCCACGGGGCUCGCUCUCAAACAGACUUCACACAAGCUGCAGCUGCCGCUGCUGUAGCCGCCGCAGCUGCCACGGCAACAGCCACAGCCACAGCAACUGUUGCCGCCAUACAAGAGAAGCAGAAUCAGGAAAUGAACUAUGGCCAGAUGGGCGGCUCAGGGCCCUAUAGUUCCCAGUUUCUUCAACAAUCUGGGUCUAGAUACCCUCCUGGGAUGGGCCCCUCUCGACCACCCUCAAUGGGUCCCAUGUUUUCCCAAGCUCAGAGGAUGCCCCAUCACCCCCAAUACUCUGUAGGGCAACAGGGGCCCCAACGACUCCCACAGGGCCUCAAACGGCCCUACAACUCAGAGGGAUAUCCCGGCCCCCCGUAUGGUCAAGGCCCAGGCCCUGGUCCUUACCCCGGGCAGCCCAUGCAGUACUCCGCUCAGGCCUCCGCCUCCCCCUCCUACUCCUCCGUCCAGCAGCAAGGCAACAUGGGACAAUACCAACCUGCGCCUGGCAACCCUGGCCAGUACUACAAGACAGAGCAGUUCAAUGGACCAGGCAACACUUCUCUGAACACAUUAGUGGGGAGUCCUGCUGGAGGACCAUACAACACAUUUAACCAGGUCACAGUCAAUGGGCCUGGUAGAGCAUUACCCAAUUACCCUAGCUCACCCCUGCCGGGAAACCCCACACCUCCGAUGACUCCAGGCAGCUCCAUGGCUCCUUACAUGUCUCCCGGCCAUGAUGUCAAAUCCCCUUACCUGACUGAUGUCAAGCCAAACGUCGCCACCCUGCAGCCUCCAGCACCACCGCCCCCUACAGCCAAUCUAAUAGACGAACUACGGCUUACAUUCCCUGUGCGUGACGGUGUCGUGUUAGAGCCGUUCCGUCUGGAGCACAACCUGGCUGUGAGCAACCACAUCUACCAGCUCCGAGAGACUGUCUUCAAAACCCUUAUGAUGAGACCGGAUCUAGAACUGCAGUUCAAGUGCUACCACCACGAGGAUCGACAGAUGAACACUAACUGGCCAGCCUCUGUACAGGUGAGUGUGAAUGCUACUCCCCUUACCAUUGAACGAGGGGACAACAAGACUUCUCAUAAGCCCCUGUACCUGAAGGCGGUGUGUCAGCCGGGGCGCAACACCAUCCAGAUCACAGUCUCUGCUUGCUGUUGUUCCCAUCUGUUUGUGCUGCAACUGGUUCACAGACCAACAGUGCAGUCAGUUCUUCAAGGUCUGAUGAAGAAGAGGCUGCUGCCUGCCGACCACUGCAUCACAAAGAUUAAGAGGAACUUCACCAGUGGCACGAUACCAGGCUCUGUGGGGCCAAAUGGAGAGGACGGGGUGGAGCAGACGGCCAUCAGGGUGUCCCUGCAGUGCCCAAUCACAUUCCGCCGCAUUCAGUUGCCAGCACGUGGGCACGACUGUAGGCACAUACAGUGCUUUGAUCUGGAGUCCUACCUGCAGCUGAACUGCGAGAGAGGAACCUGGCGUUGUCCUGUGUGCAAUAAAACUGCAUUGCUGGAGGGGUUGGAAGUUGACCAGUACAUGUUGGGCAUUCUGAUCUACAUCCAGAACUCAGACUAUGAGGAAAUCACAAUAGAUCCAGUGUGCAACUGGAAGCCAGUUCCAGUCAAGCCCGACAUCCACAUCAAGGAAGAGUCUGAUGGGCCUAUUCUGAAGCGCUGCCGCACCGUCAGCCCUAGUCACAUGAUCCUGCCCAGCGUCAUGGAUAUGAUCGUCUCCCUUGGUCCUGCUUCAGGACCGGCGCCCAACUCAGGCUCAGGACCUACCCCCUCCUCAUACCCAGGGGGCACUGGAGCGGGUCAGGACUACAAUUCUCCAGGUUCAGGGUUCGCCAACCAGUCCGGCUUCACAGAGUUCCAGAACUCCCCUGGAACUCCAACCCUGAGCGAGUUUUCCACUGGACGUCCAUCCAUGUCCUACCAAGCUGACCUUCCCCGAGGUGCAGACAAGCAAGGAGGCGUUGCUCCAUCCUCUCAGGUGGCCCAUUCAGGCCGAAUGGACGCCCACAAUUCAUUGCAGAGGCAGCAGCAGCAGCAACAACAGCAGGGUGUACACAACACUGCUGAGGGUUCAGGAGGGCCCCUGCCUCCGCACGGCUCCCAAAACCCACGGCUGAACCAGGAGGGCUCCUUUGGAUUUGGGGGGCCCUCAGGGGCCGAGAUGGCAGAUCCUGCUCUGGAUUUGCUCCCUGAGUUGACCAAUCCAGAUGAGUUGCUGUCAUACCUUGGUCCUCCAGAUCUCCCAAACAACAGCAAUGAUGAUUUGCUCGCUCUUUUUGAGAGCAGCUAAAAAGGACUUCAUUCACAUUGUUUUAACGUCUUUUCCAACCGUCCUCCAACCUAAAUGUGGUGUGUGUGCGUGCGUGUGUGUGUUCAUGCGUGCUCACACAUAUUUGGUUCUCUCCUUUGCUUCCUGAAGAAGAUAUACAGUGGCUGGCAAAAGUAUUCAAUCCCCCUGAAAGUCAUCACCAUUUUCAGGUUAACCAAAGAUACUUACACAUUUUUCCAAUCAGUAUUUUAAUUGUGAACACUGGUACUAUAGUAUAUUUCUAAAGGCUCAAUAUAAUAUUCUACUUGCAUAAGUAUUCAACACCUAUUUAAUAAUAAAUGGUAGAGAACCCCUUUGCUGAAAUAACAGACUAAAGUCUUUUGUGAGACAGUGGCAGGUAUGCACUUUCUUCAGCAGUGUUUUCCCCCCACUCUUCUUGGUAGAAUUUCCAUAGAACAUCUGGGUUGAUGAGAUGGAAGUCCUGGACUGCAGUGCCACAGAUUCUCAGUGGGAGUUGGUUCCCUGUAGUGUCACUCUAGUGUUACUCUAGAGUUAGCCUUGGGCCUUGGGUAGUUGUCCUACUGCAAGGUAAUUGAUUCAUCUCCCAAGCCUUACUUUUACAACAGGCUCCAACAGGUUUUCUUAUGAUAUUGUGUAGAAUUUAUUUCCAUUAAUUCUCACUUCAAUUCUAAGAAAAUCCCCAGUUCCAGCAGGCAAGAUAUAUCCCCACAUCAUGAUGUUACCACCACAUUAAAUGACUGAUGUGGUGUUUCUUGAGGCAUUGGCGGUGUUAGAUUUACGCCACGUGCAGUGCUUUCAGGAUCGGACAGAAAGCUAUGUUGGUCUCAUUUGUGCUUAAGCAACCUCCAUGUAUGUUAAUGUCGAUCUUCUUAAACAAUGGCUUUGCAACUCUCCAAUACAGUCCAGUUUUCUGAAAAGCUGUCAAGAUUGUGGACUCCUGCACCUCCACCCAAAGUGCUAUCAACUAUGUAGAUUUUUCAGGGUAAUGGCGGGAUUGUGGCUGGCCUCUUCCUUGGAUGCUUGGUAUGGACAGCCUUUUCUACAAAACCAUCUGGGUGGUGUGAUGCAACUUCCACCUCAUUUUUAUGGUUCCAGUGGUGCUCAAUUGGACAUCAAAACACUUGGAUAUUUUCCUCACAAGCGUUCGAAUCACACUGUCUCUCUAGUCUUCAUUUCCUCUGUUACUUCCCAACCCUUAGACAGUCAUUUUUAUAUCCAGAAGGAGAUCUCUACUGUAACCACUCAUAGAUGAUAUCUAUUUAUGAUUAGUUACGGUCAAGUAAGUGGCACCUCUUUAUCAUUUGCGAAUGAUUUGUCAUCUACCUUAAUCUGGAACUCAAAAGCCCAGGGGUUUGAAUACUUAUGCUUUUCAUAAGCAUUUACAUUUUUAUUUAUUUUUAAUGUUGGCAGACAAAUAAAAUAAAUUGCCUUUGGAAAUAUACUAGAGCAUAAAUGUUCGCAAUAAAAAUACUGAUUGGGAAAAUAUGUGUAAGAAUCUUUUGCAAUUUGUGAAAAUGGUGACGCCUUUCAGGGGAGUUGAAUACUUUGGCAAGUCACGGUAGAAUCUAAGAAUGUAAUGAAUAUUGAUAAAGAUAAACAAUGUUGGUUCACUGGCAAAGUGGGAAAGCAAAAUUUAAAAUAAGUUUGUUGACACAGUGGCAUAUAUCUGUGUUACUGUGUCUACUUUGAACUCUGAUAAUAUUUUAAUGUUUUAUAUCUGUACAACUGCCUCUUGUAGCUUAAUUUUUACUCACAGCUUUAGCUGACAAAUUGAGGUAUUGCUCUCCUGUCUGUGUGUGAGUGUGGAGAGCUCAUUUCUCACAUGUAUUGUACAUUUAAAUCAGUGCAGUUGUAAAAUUGCAUAAGUGCAAUGUGUAUGGUGGACUUGCCCAGAUGCCCUUGUGUGGGUAUUGGUGAAGUCCACCUUGAACCAAGAAAAAUAUUCUUUUUAAUUUAAUAAAUGGGAAACAGAACAAA